UAGCUCACAAAAUCCAAGCCAGAUUUGAAAAUACUAGGCGAGGGCUGAAAAGGACCCUUAGUGAAGCUUUGACCAUGAAUGAUAACCAGCCUGAAAGACAGAGUCUGAAGACUGAGUAUGGGUGCAUCGAGUAUCAGCUUGUUAACACGCCAGCUGAACGAAUGGAAGAAGCUAAAGCAUUCCUCCAGAGUGAAGCACUGAAGUCUCCUCAGGAGCAAGACGUUCACAAGCAAGCAGCUGAAAUGGCUUUGUGUUUUCCAGAAAUUAGACUGUCUGUGAACUCUAUGCCUGCGUUGGAGAUCAAGAAAGUGUGGCCUCUGCUUUUCAAGAGACAGCACUUUCUAGAGCACCUUGAAAGAAGCAUGAACGCGCUGUUUGCCCGCGGAGCAGCCAAGCUUCAAGUCCUGUGCACCUUCCUGCAAAGCACCUCGAAAGAGGAUGGUGUUCUGGAGUGGUUCCUUAAAGCUCAACAACACACACAAGGUGGCCUGAAAUCCGCUUUAUCCGUCGCCCUCAUCCCGAUGCUUCUUUCAUACUUCAAGGAAAAAAUGGACUUUGUGUUCCGGGUGUAUGAGUUGUCGAAGAUGGGACUGAUUUAG